UGUGAAUGGUAAAUACUAAUCCGAGCACCGCAUCCGAGUUCGGUACUGGCAGAUUCUCCGGACCAAUCACGGGUUAGCUAGGGACUUAUAUGCUCUUAUCAUGCGGGGGUUGCGCCAAUAAUACCGUAAAGUGGUCUAUAAAGGUGGUCUACUGUCGUCGUGCUAUCUCCUCUUACUACCUCCCUACUUCUUACAGCGAUGGGUUCUUCUGCAUCCAAGAUUCCCGCUCAAGCUACGGCCGGUACUCUACAGGCCAUUGAUGAGAAGGGGUUUGUCCGCCCACAUAACUCCACGUCAUCGGCGGCCGAUUCGAAGCCCUUGGCGAGCGACGGUUCAAUUUCACUGUCUAAUGUUGAUGUCUGGGAGUCUACUGCUGCUGCGGACCCAAAGAUCCAACUUGCCCGCACAAUUCUUGCCCAUACCAACAUAAAGUCAACCCUUACCAGUCGCCCGGCGGCGGUUGCAAUACCCCACGUCUUUAACCACGAGGUGGAGUUCAAAUCCGGACCCGUCACAAACCAGAAAUCCAGUGGUCGAUGCUGGCUCUUCGCGACUACAAAUGUCAUCCGGUAUGAGGUCAUGAAGAAGCUCAAUCUCAAGGAAUUCCAGCUUUCCCAGUCUUACCUGUUCUUCUGGGAUAAGUUGAACAAGUCCAACUAUUAUCUCGAGCUCUCUAUUGAGAAUGCAGACAAACCUGUUGACGAUCGUCUGGUAAACUUCCUCGCCAAUGACCUUAUCAGCGACGGUGGUCAAUGGGACAUGGUUGUUAACUUGCUCGAGACAUACGGUCUCGUUCCUCAGCCCAUUUACCCCGAGUCAUACCAUUCAAGUGCUUCAGGUCCCAUCAACACGCUCCUGAAGAUGAAGCUCCGAGAGCAUGCUCUCACUCUUCGCACGCUCUCUUCAUCACUACGGGCUGAUCCCAACGUCUCGGCGGAAUCUGCUAUCUCAGCCCUUCGCGCGAAGAAGGAAGAGCUUAUGCAGGAGGUUUAUACAGUCAUGAGCGCAACCCUUGGCGUUCCUCCUAAGCCUGACGCGACCUUCACUUGGGAGUACUACACCGAGGAUGGCAAGUAUGCGAAGUGGGAGGGUACUCCUCAACAGUUUUACAAAGCAUUCACAACCAAGUUCUCGCCCGCAGAGUCUUUCUCUCUCAUUAACGACCCUCGGAAUGAGUACGGUAAGCUGUACACUGUAGAUAAGCUCGGCAACAUUUGGGGAGGACGACCUGUUCUGUAUGUGAACACUGAGAUCGAUGACCUCAAGCAGGCCAUAGUUCGGUCUAUCAAAGCCGGCCAGCCAGUCUUCUUCGGUUGCGAUGUCGGACAGUUCUCCGACUCCGGCAAGGGUGUCGGUAUUAUGGACGUUGACUAUUUCGAAUACGAACAAGCAUUCAACAUCACGCUGGGACUUACCAAGGCCCAGCGAUUGCAGACCAACGAGUCCGCCAUGACUCAUGCGAUGGUCAUCUCUGGCGUGCACGUAGAUGAGAAGACUGGUCGCCCCGUCCGGUUCAAGGUGGAGAACUCUUGGGGCGAUGAAAGCGGCGUCAAAGGCUUCAACGUGAUGAGCGACAAGUGGUUCGACCAAUUUGUGUUCCAAGUCGUCGUGCACAAGUCGUUGGCGACAAAGGAGCAAGUGAAAAUCUUUGAGUCGGGGGACAGAGUAGUGUUGCCUGCUUGGGAUCCCAUGGGUGCUUUGGCAUGAGUGCGAGAUAUACCUGUUGCAUUUUUUUUUAUGUCAUGUACUGUUUGUUUUUACGUUUGCAGACUGAUGAGUAUCAGCCCAGCUCGGUGCUAGGCCGGCAAGCAAUGAAUGUCUGUUAUACCACUUCCCCGAGCGAAGAACCAAUCUAUGAUAUGUGUGUUACAUUCGGGUUGCCCGAUUUCUGAUUAGCGUGUCGAUUCGCACGCCCAGCUUUGUCUAUCGCAAAGACACUGA